AUGAUAACAACCGUAAAGUUGAAGACAAAGUCAUUAGGAAAUAUAUUAAAAAACGACACAUUAGAAAUUCAUCAUUCAGAAGCUGAAAACGACAGUGAACUUGAAAACGACAGUAAACUUAAAAAUGACCGUAAACUUGAAGACAAAGUCAUUAGGAUAUAUAUCAAAAAUGAUACAUUAAAAAAUGAGAAUAUAGAGGCUGAAAAAGAAAGUGAACUAGAAAAUGACAGUAACCUUAAAAAUGAGCGUAAACUUGAAAAGAAAGUCAUGAGGAAAUAUAUCAAGAACGACACAUUCGAAAUUGAGAAUUCGGAAACUCCCAUUGAUGUGAAAAAUAUGAUUAAGAAAAUAGAAAAGCAAAUGGCAGAUGUUAGGGAAAAAGUCCACGAAGGCUUUGAAAAUGACCGUGAAUUUGAUAACAAAGUCAUGAGGAAAUAUAACAAAAACGAUACAUUACGAAUUGAUAAUUCGGAAGCUACUAUUUAUUUGAAAAGCAAGAUUAACAAAAUACAAAAGCAAAUAGAAGAUGUAAGGGGACAUGUUAACAAAGGCUUUGAAAAUAACCGUGAAUUUGAAAACGACCAUAAAUUUGAAAACCAAGUCAUCAGGAAAUAUAUUAAAAACGACACAUUUAACAUUGAUAAUUCAGAAGCUCCUAUAGACGUGAAAUAUAUGAUUAAAAACAUAGAAAAGCAAAUAGAUGAAAUGGCUACGGCCUCGGCCAGCCCUGCCCCCAUACCCACCGUAGAACAUGGAGGGGGUGUUCGCGGGGGAGGGGUGGUUACCGGUGGAGGGGGCGGGGUCGUGACCGGCGGCGGGGGAGGUGACAUCGGUGGAGUCAUCAGAGACAUACUUGGUUCUAUCAGAG